AUGAAGGAAAAGAAGAGUAAAGAUGGCGGAGAAUAGCGGCACGGAUCCUGCCGUGGAGACGAACACUGAGGAAAAUGCCGCCGCUAGCGCGACUAUCAUUAAGGUCACCGUCAAAACACCGAAGGAUAAAGAAGAAAUAGCCAUCGCUGAGGAUUCAUCUGUCUCACAGUUUAAAGAGGAAAUUUCCAAAAGAUUUAAGGCGAACCAGGACCAGUUGGUUCUGAUUUUUGCCGGUAAGAUCCUGAAGGACGGAGACACGCUCGGCCAGCAUGGCAUUAAAGACGGACUCACGGUUCACCUGGUCAUCAAAACCGCACAAAAGACUUCAGGUGGUGGUAGUUCGCAGACUUCUGCCUCUUCUGGCCCUGGGCCAUCGCAGGGCAACACCGAUGGAAGUGCUAACUCAAGCCCGGCCGGCAACCUGGGCACACCCCAGGGCAGUGGACCGUCCCCAACCCCGACACAGCCACCCAAUAUGCUCGCUGGGUUUGGUGACCUGUCGGGCCUGGCUAACCUCGGUAUGGGAUCUGCCAACUUCAUGGAGCUUCAGCAGCAGAUGCAGCGACAGCUCAUGUCCAACCCUGAGAUGCUGUCUCAGAUCAUGGAGAACCCGCUUGUGCAGAGCAUGAUGUCCAACCCUGAUCUGAUGAGGCAGAUGAUAGUCGCCAACCCACAGAUGCAGCAACUGAUGGAGCGCAACCCAGAGAUUUCACACAUGCUUAACAACCCAGAGCUCAUGAGACAGACAAUGGAGUUGGCACGAAACCCAGCCAUGAUGCAAGAGAUGAUGCGUAACCAGGACCGGGCGCUUAGCAACCUCGAGAGUAUUCCCGGGGGUUACAAUGCUCUUCGGAGGAUGUACACAGAUAUUCAAGAGCCCAUGUUUAGUGCUGCACGUGAACAGUUUGGAAAUAACCCCUUCUCGGCAUUGGGUGGAAAUGCUGAUAACUCAGGAGCACAGCCCUCCAGGACAGAAAACCGAGAGCCCCUGCCAAAUCCCUGGGGUCCCCCUGACACUGCUGCCACCACCACCUCUGGGACGGCUACCACCACCAGCUCCACCACAAGCUCAACCACACCCAGUGUGUCCAACCCUCUGGGCAUCAGCUCCUCUAGCCUUGGAAACGGUAUGUUCAACAGUCCUGGCAUGCAGAGCUUAAUGCAACAGAUCUCUGAGAACCCUCAGCUUAUGCAGAACAUGCUUUCUGCUCCUUAUAUGCGCACCAUGAUGCAGUCCCUGGCCCAGAAUCCUGAUAUUGCCUCACAGGUGUUGAUGAACAACCCUCUCUUUGCCGGAAAUCCACAGCUGCAGGAGCAAAUGAGACAGCAGUUACCUGUAUUUAUGCAGCAGAUGCAGAACCCAGAAUCCCUUUCUGUCAUGACAAAUCCUCGAGCCAUGCGAGCCCUAAUGCAGAUCCAGGAGGGACUGCAAACCCUUCAAACCGAAGCCCCUGGUCUUAUGCCCAGUCUGAUACCUGGUGGGAUGGCUGCUGGUAUCCCUGGUGCCCCACUGCCCACAGGGGUGAAUGUGACUCCUGAGAACCCUCCACCCUCAGGCCAGGCCCCAACCCCAACCCCCGCACCCACCCCCACCCCCGCUGCUGGAACAAACACUGCCCAGCAGCAGCUCAUGCAACAGAUGCUACAGAUGUUUGCUGGAGGGAAUGCAUCGACUCCGACUCCGGAAGUGCGUUUUCAGCAACAGCUGGAGCAGCUGAGUGCCAUGGGCUUCAUCAACAGGGAAGCCAACCUUCAGGCCCUCAUCGCCACCGGGGGUGACAUCAACGCUGCCAUCGAAAGACUGCUCGGCUCUCAGCCUUCCUAAUUCCAUCAACUGAGAGCGUGCAAAGAGAGACAAGCAAAUAUAGUCCUCAUCACAUAAAAUCUGACAAGCCCCACAUAGACAGAAUUCCAAUUACUCCAAUCGUGUUUUUUUUUUGUUUUGUUUUUUUGCUUCGAUCAUUCAAUCUCUGAAUCAAAAAGCAAUGAGGGUUUCAAAUUUGUUUCCUUGAAAAAAAACAAACAAACCAGAAUCGCUGUGGAAUGACAUCACACUAACCUCUCAUCAACUAGUAAGAUGGGACAAAGCUUACAUUUUGCUUGAACCAAGUUUGAGUUACCAUUCCUUACAAUUAGAACACACUCACCUGAGGCACUACUCGGUGGUUAGGGGAAUAAAAUCCAUACGCUUGAA